UUAACCACUUCCCGUCCAACCCAUGUACAUAGACGGCCAGACGGAAGCAGUGCAGGAGUGGGUGGCCAUUUAUAAAAGGCCUCUGCAUUCACUGAAUGUGCAUGCUCCUUGGGAGCAUACAGCGGAACACCGAUCGCUGUACGGGACCUCUGUGUGAGGUCCUGAUCAUGCGAUCACUGAUUGGCCAAUCAGUGUCACUUCCUGACAUCUUUGCUUACUACUAGUAAAAAUCUGUGAAUGAUCACAGAGUUCACAUGGUACAAGGCUAUUCACAACAGCCUUGUACCAUGUGACAAGCUGUGACCAAUCACUGUAUUUUUCAAUGGCUGCAAG